AUGGCGGCGCCCGGCGCUGUGGCGGCGGCGGGCAGGGCCCUGAGCCGAGCCCUGAGGGCAGCGGCGGCGGCGGGGACGCGUCCCGGGGGGGCAGCUCGUCCCCUGGAGAGUCGGGCCCUCAGGGGGCUCGGUGCCCGCUGCAGCGGGAGCAGCUCCGCGCUCGGCAGCAUCCUGGGCAUCCCCGCCGAGAAACCGACCUGCGCUCUGGGCCAGCACCCGCCGCCCGUGGCCACCAGUAAAGAGGAGCAAAAACGGCUGUUACGGGACCGGCCUGACCAGCCCCAGAACCCCAAGGUUUUAAGAAUUGCCAUCAUUGGAGCGCCGAAUGCCGGGAAGUCCACGCUCUCUAACCAGCUCUUGGGCAGAAAGGUUUUCCCUGUCUCGAAGAAAGUGCACACAACGCGAUGCAAAGCCCAGGGAGUCAUCACGUUUGAGGACACCCAGCUGGUCAUUCUGGACACGCCUGGCCUCACCAGUCCCUUGAAAGCCAAAAGGCAUAAACUAGAAGAGGCCAUGCUGACAGACCCAUGGGACAGCAUGAAACAUGCAGAUUUAGUUCUGGUUUUGGUGGAUGUGUCGGAUCACUGGACACGAAACUGUCUGAGCCAAGAGGUGCUGAAGUGUCUUUCUGAGUUUCCCCACGUCCCCAGCGUCCUGGUUCUGAACAAGGUGGAUCUGCUAAAGAAGAAGUACAUCCUGCUGGAACUCGUAACUGAGCUAACAGAGGGAAUUGUAAACGGAAAGAAGCUGGAAGUGAGGUCUCCAUUUAAACAUAACCUGAGUUCUUCAGCAAAAACUGUUCUUAAAAACACUCAGGCUUCUCCACCUGAGAGCAGGGCCCACGAAUCUCCUUGUCUGCAGGAAACAGUUAAAGCCCAAGAAGGCUCUGGCUUGGAUAGCAGCAGUGACACGAGGGCUCCUGAGCGUGGUCUUGUCACAGAAGCACAAGGGCCAAAGCCCCAUGAAUGCAGAGAUCUAAAAAACAGGAAGGGCUGGCCACGCUUCCAGGAGAUCUUCAUGCUGGCAGCUCUCACAGGAGAGGAGGUGGAUACGCUGAAGCGCUACCUCCUGAUGCAAGCCAAGCCAGGCCCGUGGGAGUUUCACAGCGGGGUCCUGACCAGCCAGUCCCCUCAAGAGAUCUGUGACAAUAUCAUCAGGGAGAAGAUUCUGGAGUACCUGCCCCUGGAGGUGCCCUAUGGUGUGACUCAGGUGACAGAGCUGUGGGAGGAAGGGCCAAGCGGAGAGCUCCUCAUUGUGCAGAACCUCGUGGUCCCAAGAAAGUCUCAUAUGAUGAUGUUGAUUGGAAAAAGAGGUACGGUUAUCAGCAAGAUCGCUCAGGAGGCUGGCCAGGACCUGAUGAACGCUUUCCUCUGUGAUGUCCGCUUGAAGCUCAAGGUGGAGGUGAAGAGUUGAACUCUUUGAGGAGGCUCUGACAGCCGUUGAGCUCUGUGGUCAUGCAGAGAAACCAGUCCCAAUUCGUGCUGCAGGUAUCUUAACACCUUUGCUCAAUCCAGAAACAGGAGGAUGGAGUCCAGAUAGCGGGCUGAAGUAGAAUAUAUUAUUCUUUGGGGAAUGGCCCAAAUGGAAAUAAACUCUACAGAUCUUCUACGCCUUAUCAUAUGGAAACGGGACGCAUAUCGGAGAACCUGGUGCGUGUGUGGUUGUAGCACCGCAUUUGCAGAGCUGUCAUCUGCUUCUGGGCUGUGUCCCACAUCCCUGCUGCCAAGCGUUUGUGGCUGGAAGUUCAGGAUGACUUGAGUCAAGAGUCUGGCUCAAAAAGGGAAGGGUGAAUAUUGUGGUUCUUCGAAGUGUGGGGGAACAUCUCCUGUCUUUUAGCAGACAAAGGGUCGCAGUGAAGAAUUGUUAGUGCACAUUUAUCAUCUCUUCUGAAGGCUGAGUGAUGCCAGCCGUGGUAAUGCAGAAGGAAGGGGCUACCCCAACCAUAGGUUCUCAUUUCUGUCGUGCUCCUUGCCCUGCACCCUGUUCAUGGUUGUGAGUAGAGCUGUGAGGGAGUCAGUAUUGCCCAGGGACCUUGAGUUGGAAGAGUUUGCUGGCUGGCAGAAACAUUCUCAUAACUGGGGUGGGGCAGAGAGCUCUGAAACUCUAUAGAGUCAUGAAUGCCAGUGGUUUCCAGCUGCUGUGUUGGAGCUCUUGCCACAGGUGUGUGUGCACCUUCCUCUUAAAUGACUGCCAGCUACUUCUUGAAUUUUGACCUUUUCUAUGCUUUAGCUAAUAAAAAUGUGUUCCUUCUCUUUA